CGGCAACGUCUCCACCCUGGCACGCUGUUCUACGGUUCCACCCCUCCCCUCCUCCCGUGCUGUACAAUACAGCAGCGCGUAGCUAACUCGCAACCAAACCCCCAAUCCCUUCCCGACCUCGCCGAGGAGCCUCCGGCUCAAAACCCUAGCCUCUCCUCCCCCUCCCCCUCCCCUUCCAUAUGGAGGACGACGACGCCGGCCCCGGCGGCGGGGGCGACGUCUACCCGCCGCACCACGCCGCGGCGUCGGGCGACCGGGCGUGGGACAUGGCGGCGUCGCCGACGAGCUCGCGCUCCGUGACGCAGACGGUGAACGGGUCGCACCGGUUCGUGAUCCAGGGGUACUCGCUCGCCAAGGGCAUGGGCGUGGGGAAGCACAUCGCCAGCGAGACCUUCACGGUGGGCGGGUACCAGUGGGCGAUCUACUUCUAUCCCGAUGGGAAGAACCCCGAGGACAACUCCGCCUACGUCUCCGUCUUCAUCGCGCUCGCGUCCGAGGGCACCGACGUGCGCGCGCUCUUCGAGCUCACGCUCCUUGACCAGAGCGGCAAGGGCAAGCACAAGGUGCACUCGCACUUCGACCGGUCCCUCGAGUCUGGACCGUACACCCUCAAGUACCGUGGAUCCAUGUGGGGUUAUAAAAGGUUCUUCCGGCGUACUGCUCUCGAGACAUCAGAUUUUCUUAAAGAUGAUUGCUUGAAGAUAAACUGUACUGUGGGUGUUGUAGUAUCAACUAUGGAUUAUUCUAGGCCACAUUCAAUAGAGGUUCCAGAGUCUGACAUAGGCUAUCAUUUUGGAAUGCUUUUGGACACUCAGGAAGGUGUAGAUGUUAUUUUUAGUGUAGCAGGAGAGAAGUUUCAUGCCCAUAAGUUGGUGUUGGCUGCACGAUCUUCUUUUUUUAGAUCUGAAUUUUAUAAUCAUGAAUCGGAUGAAGAGAAGAAUGAAGUUGAUACGAGUAAUGGAAUCAAGGAGAUUGCCAUUGAUGACAUGGAACCUAAAGUGUUCAAGGCUGUGCUUCAUUUUAUCUACAGGGGCAAUCUUGUCGAUGAGGAUGAGUUAUCUGCAUCAAGCUCUGACUGCUCAAUCUUUGAUACUUUAGCUGGGAAGUUAAUGGCUGCAGCAGAUAAAUAUGAGUUGCCAAGGCUAAGAUUGUUGUGUGAAUCUUACUUGUGCAAGCAUAUUUUUGUAAACUCCGUGGCCACUACUCUAGCAUUGGCUGACCGUCACCAUGCAAUGGAGCUUAAAUCUGUUUGCCUAAAAUUCGCCGCCGAGAACCUUUCAGCUGUGAUCCGCACCGACGGGUUCGAUUACCUCAAAGACAACUGCCCCUCCCUGCAAUCAGAAAUACUGAGAACUGUUGCAGGGUGCGAGGAAUGCAGUAGCGGAGGGAAAAGCCAGAGCGUGUGGGGGCAGCUCUCGGACGGCGGUGACACCAGCGGGCGCAGGGUGAGGCCGAGGGUCUGAGACCACUGACAAACCUGUCAUCCGCUUGUUGUUCUCUCCUAUCUUAUUCGAUGAUCGCUCUCGCACAAGAACAAAGAGUAUGGUCGGAAGCGUAGCAACUUCUGAUCAUGGCGUCCAAGUACGGCAAAUGGGAUGGAAUGAUAGAAGCAACAAGAGUGGCAUCGACGAUGGUUUAGAGUAAACCGACUGGAUGGAGCUAGAUGGUACAGGCUACACCGAGGGCCCCAUACAAUGAUCAAACCGAGUGCCACAGCCGAGAGCAUCCGUUUCGCGCAGGAAACAAAUCUAUGCUUCGGUUUUGCUCAGCCAAAUGUAGCGACCAGGAACUCCUUGUAAAUGCUCAUGAACUUGGCCACGAAAGCUGCAAAAGUUAGGUGUCACUGUCAUGAUGUACCUAACAAUAUUAAUGCUCUGCUACGCAUAACAAAGAAGUCCAUACACGUAAAAUCGUAAGAUAGGCACAUAAUAAAUCUUGAGAUAGCGUUUCAAAACAAUUGUA